UUGGACAACAAUCAGUUGAAGGGAUUACCGUCAGAGAUUUUUAGCAAAAACACCUGGUUAUCGGUCUUGUAAGUUUAUACUCUUCUUUAUUUUUGCAAAAGAUGCCUUAAAGCCAAAUCUACCGAACAUACAAUAAUGCCUUAUCUCCAAGUGACCUAGAUGCCCUCUUUCCUAUAAUACUGAUGCACAGUACCCUUGUUCCUACCUCCCCCAAUGUGCCACAUGCAUGUGUUUGCUCAAUUGCGCUCGUGUCAAAGAUCAUUUGCAUGAUUCCUAAAAUUGACCAAGAUCUCCUUUUGACCGUUCAAACCUCGUUCGUUUAUCGUCUACAUUGAGGAUUUUAGGUUUUCAUAGCAACCGAAUGGAGAAUAGAUGCCGAGUUGUCCUAAAACGUUGCGGAAACGUGAUCAAUCGUAACGAUUGCGCCCUUGCGUGACUUACAAAGUAGACAAAGGUGAUCGGAAGGCGCCUUCUCGAUAGUUUACUUUGAAAUACCAGGUCAUGAACUACGCACAGUAAGGAGAAGAUCAAAAUUAAAGAAUAAAAUUUGGCACUCUGGUCAUAACAGACAUAUCGCGUUGCUUAAAAGGACACAAAGACAAGUUAAAAUAGGUUACAGAGUUUAUAUUUACAAAACAACACGCAUACACUCUGAAACAAUUCUUGCAGUUUCUCCCGAGAUUUACAACACGGAACCCGAUGGCCCUCCUUUCUGCAAAUUUGUUCCCGUCAUUAAUGAUGUUAUGCUCUUAUGGACCACAACGGUUUUGAGCGACAAACUCGACAUUUCCCUGCGUCCAUCAAAAUCAACUGGACAAACCCGGCUUGAUAUAUUGCGUGACGUGUUGUGCAAACUUAUUUCUUUGUCAUACGACCUUUUUUGCAGCUUCUACAAGUUGGAGCCAAAAUUAGUUAAUGUAACGAAUUAAGAUCGAAAGUUAUUAAAAUGGACUGAAGAAUUUUACAUUUUAAAGAGAAUUUUAUCUUUGCCCCCGCAUGGUUUUUGGCCCCAGAGGGCCAAAAACCCGAGGAGGCACCUUAGGACUCCCCGUGUAAUAUAGAGGAAGACUGGAGAAGAGAGAAUGUGGGUAUUUUCGGUAGAUCAUAACCAGAAAAAAUCUCGAUUUGAUCGCUUGCACGGCCGCAAGGUAUCAACGUUUUUCCCGCAAAUGGUCAUUGGCUGCCAGUAAAAAGACACGCGCGAGGACUUUUAGGAUCGGCGUCUUUGACACGAGAUUUGUCCUAGUAUAGAGGAAGACUGGAGAAGAGAGAAUGUAGGCCCUCCUAAGGUAUAAUUUUGUGUCUAAUAACUAUAUAAUAAUAAAUUGUUCUUCAAUGCUCUCUAUAAAUUGUUCUCUAAUGCCACCUAUAACAUUCCAAUGUUAAAACUCACCCAAGUCCCUACAUUCUGCUUCUUCUUGAUCGUGAAGAACAAACAAAUCCUAAGUUAAACGACACAGCAAAAAAAAAAAACCCAAGCACUUCCCAAAACUACAUUUUGUACACUUGUAGUAUUUUGAGAUCCAAAAUUACUAACACCAAAGUACUGAGCCGCAAUCCCGUAACAGCAUAACAAAAAAAUUACACAACUGUAAACAACAAGCCCAACUCAAAAAAAAAAAAAAAAGAAAAUGGUACUGUAGGGCGGGGGCAGCUCUAGUGAGAACUAUAACUAGUUUAAAAUGCUUAUUUAUUCAUGGAAAGCAAAGAUUGAAGUGGCUUUGGGUAUUUUAGCCUUCAUUCCUACUUUCAUUCUUUGUAGCCCAAUAUGUCCCAAUAAUUGUGGUGCAGUUUUUUUUGAAAAUAUACAGUAGUUUUCGAGGAAUGUUUUUCUUAGUUUGACCGCUCAAAUAUGCAAAUUUUCACGGUGACUAUUACCCGAAUUGUGUGACCUCAUCUAACGAAUUUAUUUGACCUCCGCUAUUUCUGUCGACAUAACCCUUUGUUUUAUCAUCUUAAUACCCUGUCAUUACUUAAGCUGGCAAAGAAAUAUUUAGUUUUUGGUGAAUACUUUUGUCCAACAUACCUUUCCUACAAGUUUUAACAUUGACUGAUAUGACAGAAUCUAUUGAGCUUCCGGAUUCAAAAAGACAAAAGGAUGGUUAUAAAGUUACUGUAAACAUUUCCUUGUGUAUCUAACUCAAAGUCUGGCAAAAUUUACUUGCUAGUGACUAUGAAAUAUACAUGGCGUGCCUACUUGUCGCCACCGUUACUAGCAUAAAUCACUACAAUUUAUAAAAAAACGCACAUAACACUCUUACCUUGUUUAUCCAUGAUUUUAUUAGCUGUUUCGAUGAUCGCGUUAUGCUCUACCUCGCUCUAGCCAGAUUUGAGUUCCAGUUUAUAUAUCUACUCCAUCUUAUUAUAUCAGCUGCAUGACAAGCGUGACAGAUAGAUGUAAAUCCAAAGAUGAAUCAACCUCCGAAAUACCAAGAGAUGGGUUUUUUUUCCUAUUUGCAUGUUUUCUAGAAAAACCUUCUAGAAAUUACUGCCUUCAGAAAACUAAAAUUUCCAGACCCAUCAAUGAUUCCUUUGCCGGCGGAAGUCAAAUAAUAGUUACAAAAGUCAAUUUGAUUGAGAAGCUACUUACUGAUUUAGCUUAUUGAUCUGUUGUAUAAACGUCUGAUCUUACAUAAGAAUAUGGAGAUUUGCUUUUCGUUUAGUCGAACUUGUGGGUUUAGUUAUCGAGAAGACCAAAGUUGCAUAUCUAAAGUCGUUCCCUUGUGCAUGCGUAGUUGUUAAAAAUACAUUUCAAGUCACUUGCGGAGUUGCAAGUUUUCAAAUCCAGAAAAUGAAGUUGAUCUUAUUUUGUCGAGCACCGGCAUCUUCGAGACGCCAAAAGAUAUCGCUGAUUUUACAAUUUGCCCCACAGGCACGUUUAGUACUCAAUUAAAUGACACUCAUUUGUCGUACUCGCUUCCUUCGACGGAAGAGAUGAAAUAACAGUUAAAUCGAUUUUUUUGUCAUGCAACGUGUGGUUGUGUUUUUAAAAACGACUCGCGCACAAUUUUUUUUUUUCUUGUGGGCAUUCGCGAGUCUAUGAAAGAACAGUCUAUUAAUUAUAAGGGCUGCUAUUCUCUGGAAUACAAUUGCAUUCAAACAUCCGGAUGUGACAAAAAAUAAACGAUGAACUAAAGAUUUGAAACAAAGUAGGAUUAAUGAAUUAAGAGACUUUCAUUUCAAAGCGACAUCCGCCUGAACCUUUCAUUUAAGUAAUGACGAUUUUAUAUAUUUCUAAUGGCUUCAGUACUAACAUUUCGUGAGAGCAUGGGCUUAAAGCAACAAGAUAAAUCAAGCAAAUAAAUAACGUGACGAUCUAUGUGCGUAAAAAUUACUUGAGUCUUUCAAUUCCUACAAGAAAAAUGUAUCUAUGUUAAAAAUAUAAUUCUCAUAAAUUAAAUAAACUGAUUGGACACUCUCAUGAAUAGAUCAUAAUUGGGAUAUGUCGCGUGAACCAGAAACCAAAUGAUACUCACACCUUUCCCUGUUCGUUUGUUUUUGUUUGCUUUUUUUGCACACAGGGGUUGCCAAAGCUUUUACUUGCUUUGGCUUUUUGUUUUGUUAGUCUUUUUUUUUUUAGAAGAGAAGUAACAACUUUUUCAGUUUUCGAGCACUCUUAUAUCUUGAACUUUGUUAUCGUAUACAAUGCAAUUGAAAAUACGUUAACUUAUUUUUGAUAGGCUGUUGAACAACAACCAGUUGAAGAAUUUACCAUCAAGCAUUUUCAGUAACAAUAACCGGCUGGCGUGGCUGUAA